AUGGGCUCGUCAAGGGGGAAGGAAAAGAGUGACAAACUAGCGCUGGAAGAAACUGCAUUUGAAGAAAUGGAAAGGGAUUUUCAGGAGGUUCUCAAUGAACUUUCAGGGGACAAAAGUCUGGAGAAAUUUAGAAUAGAAUAUGAGAAGCUUCAUGCUGUCAUGAAAAAGUCUUACGACAAUGAAAAGCGUCUGAUGGCCAAAUGCAGAGAGCUAAAUGCAGAGAUUGUGGUUAAUUCCGCGAAGGUCGCCACUGCCCUGAAGCUCUCCCAGGAUGAUCAGACCACCAUUGCAUCCCUGAAGAAGGAAAUCGAAAAGGCCUGGAAGAUGGUGGACUCAGCCUAUGACAAAGAGCAGAAGGCAAAGGAGACGAUCCUUGCCCUGAAAGAGGAAAUAGUGAACCUAACCAAACUAGUGGAGCAGGGGUCUGGACUGUCCAUGGACCAGGAUAGCAAAAAGCUAAAGGCCCUAUUUCAAAAGUCCCUGGUCCGUUCCCCUAUGGCCGGAGACAAUAUGCUUAAGGCGGUCAGUGCGACCCAGAAACAGAUAGACCUGGUAAAGCUCCAUGAGCAAGCCAAGAAGAACCUGGAGGAAGAAAUCCAGAACUAUAAGGAUGAGGCUCAGAAGCAGAGAAAGAUCAUCUUUCAGCUGGAAAAGGAGCGAGAUCGGUACAUCAAUGAAGCCAGUGACCUGACCCAAAAGGUCCUCAUGAACAUGGAAGACAUAAAAAUCCGUGAAAUGCAGAUUUUUGACUACAGGAAAAAAAUUGCUGAAUCAGAGACUAAAUUAAAACAGCAACAGAACCUGUAUGAAGCUGUGAGGUCAGACAGGAAUCUGUAUAGCAAAAAUCUGGUUGAGGCUCAGGAUGAAAUAACAGAAAUGAAGAGAAAAUUAAAGAUUAUGACCCAUCAGGUAGAUCAGCUGAAAGAAGAAAUCUCAGCCAAAGAGUCAGCACUUGUGAAGCUACAUCUGGAACAGCAGCGGAUAGAGAAGGAGAAGGAAACUUUGAAGGCCGAGCUGCAGAAGCUAAGACAACAAGCUCUGGAGACCAAACACUUCAUUGAAAAGCAGGAAGUGGAAGAGAGAAAACUCCUGCGAAUCAUUGCUGAGGCUGAUGGGGAGAGGCUGAGACAGAAGAAGGAAUUAGACCAGGUCAUCAGCGAGAGAGAUAUCCUCGGGUCUCAGCUUGUCCGGCGCAAUGAUGAGUUGGCUUUGCUCUACGAGAAGAUCAAGAUCCAACAGUCUGUGCUGAAUAAAGGCGAGAUCCAGUACAACCAGAGGAUGGAGGACAUGAGAAUUCUCAAACUUGAGAUUAAGAAACUUCGCAGAGAAAAGGGGAUUCUUGCCAGGAGUGUGGCUAAUGUCGAUGAACUGAGGCAGGAGCUUUUCCACAUGCAAAGAGAAUUCUUGAAGGAGAGGACACGAUGUCGAGCCCUGGAGGAGGAGUUGGAGAACCCCAUGAAUGUGCACAGAUGGAGGAAGCUUGAGGCCAGUGACCCCAGCACCUUUGAGCUGAUACAGAAGAUUCACACCCUGCAGAAACGUCUCAUCGGCAAGACGGAAGAGGUGGUUGAGAAAGAGCUGCUCUUGCAGGAAAAAGAGAAACUGUAUGUGGAACUAAAGCACAUCCUGGCCCGGCAGCCCGGUCCCGAGGCCGCAGAGCAACUACAGAUCUACCGCCACACGCUGCGGGAGAAGACCAAGCAGCUGAAAGUUUUGUCUUCAGAGUUGAAUAUGUAUGAAUCACAGAGCCAAGAAUAUAAAUAUGAGAUCGAGAAACUUACCAAUGAACUGAUGAACUUAAAGAAGAAAUACCUAGCUCAGAAGCGUAAAGAAUACAUUCAGAAAAAUAAGGACAGAGUACCCAUGGAUAACACCUUCUCAACGGCCAAGCCAACUGGCCCUCGUUUUACUGGGGGUGGAUUUCCCCUCAACAGGCCAUCCAAAGUGAAGUCCUAACCUGAAGCUCCUGGCUGGGUGCAUUUGAACAGCUCAUGAAAUUCGCUUUGAAACAUUUUGGAGGAAUCUCUUUCAAAUCCCUUGGAUCCUAAGUAUUUAGAGAAAUCAGUGCUCAAAUUCCAGGAUGAAAAGAAAUACAAAACUAUCAUCGUCAUGUACAUGUAAGAGUGAUGACAUUCUACUUGGUCCUCAUGGAUAUUAACAGAUUGUAAUUAUAUCAUUCAAUU